GAAAGGGAAUCCCCAAAUCGCAAUCUUGUCCUACAAUUGAAGCUUCGAAAAUUUCCAAGAAAAUCGCAAAUAUUUGCAAGGUAAUGAACGCUUCGUCAAAGCCCCUUCAGCUGGUCCACUUACCUUCUUCAACGCGGCUCCCUACACGCUCCAAUUUCUACAGAGGUGUGAAUUUGAUUCCGAGAAGGUUUAAUCUGCAAUUGAGCUGUAUCUGCGAAUCCCAGCUGCGAAGGUGUGGAAACGACGCCGUUGCGGGCGAGUUGAUGAUGUUUGGAGCUGGUUUGCAGCGGCGAUCAGCUCUGAUUGCCGCGGUGGCUUGUAUUUUGGUGAUCGGCAAUGCGCCCCAUAAAACCCUAGCUUCCAAUUCGCCGUCGGCUUUUGUCGAAAAUGUUAUUUAUUCUAAUAAAAUUGCCAUUUUCUCCAAAUCAUAUUGCCCAUAUUCCUUGCGAGCCAAGCGCGUAUUUAGUGAACUCGAGGAGCAGCCCUAUGUCGUGGAGCUUGAUCUUCGGGAUGACGGAUAUAAGAUUCAGGACGUUCUCCUGGAAUUGGUUGGGCGACGAACUGUCCCACAAGUGUUUGUAAAUGGGAAGCAUAUUGGCGGUUCUGAUGAUCUGCAAGCUGCUGUUAAAAGUGGUAAACUGCAGAGCCUUCUCAGUAAAGCUUGAUGCAAUUCGUGUAGUAAGAGACGUCUACAGCUACUGUUGACAUGGUCGUCGCAGCCAUUCAGGUCAAUUUGGCCAUCAUCAUCAUCUCUAUCAUCACAUUCAUGACUCUAUUAUAAGGAUUUAUUUGUGUUUUUGUCAAAGCUUUCACCGCAUCUUUAGCUGACUUGUUGGUAUCGGCGUCUUAAUUCCUUCUCUGUUUAGUAACCGUGGAUUCGUGUUGAAAACAAAACCGGAUUUUCUCCCUUCCUGGAUAGGUGAAUUGAGUUGUCCUUUUUUCGGCUAUGCAUCUACGAAGAAGGCCUGCUUGUUUAUCGACAUGUUUUUCUUGGAAAAUCUCGUCUCCGUAUGUUGGAACUCUACUCAGGGACGUCUCGUCUCCGGCCUUGAUCAAGUUGAGCAUGAUGGCACUGGCACCUCCUCGAGUUUGAUCUCGUCAUGAUUUCUUCAAUAAUACUAAGAAUUUCUCGAGCAUCGGAUUUUGAUAUUAUUGGGCUUCAAUAUGUUUAAUUUUCGAACUUUUGGGCUUUAUGGAUUUCCCAAUAAGCUCCUAAACACUUACUUUUUUGCGGGCCUGGCCCAACAGAAGGCCUAUAAAUUAGCCGAGAGGUCACUUACUUUUUUGCGGGCCUGGCCCAACAGAAGGCCUAUAAAUUAGCCGAGAGGUAAUUUUAUUGCCAAAACGAGAAGUCUAUACAUAUGGACCGCACUCUAUUUCACAACGUAUUUACAAUGUCGUGAUCA